AUAAAGUUGAAGUGAAUUAAUCCUUCCCCCUUUUUCCUCUUCCAGGCCUUCAGUGUUACUGUGACCGCUGCAGCACCAACUCCAGCUGCACGACAGACGGUAUCUGCUUUGUAGCCAUCCAAAAGUCAGGCAGCCGGAUGACCAUUGAGCAGCGCCAGUGUGUGCACAAUCGUGACUUGAUCCCACGAGACCGACCCUUCAUCUGUGCCCCAUCUACCAAAGAUGACAGUGGCAUUUACCCACUGUGCUGUACCACAGACUACUGCAACAAAGAGCCAGUGACCCCCACUGGCCCCACAGCGACCCCUUCUCCUCUGGGGCCGGUGGCCCUCGCUGCUGUCAUUGCUGGCCCUGUAUGUGUGCUCUGCUUGCUGCUGGUUUUGGCGUUCUACGUUUGCCACAGCCACAGAGGCCUGGGCGCUGGGGGAGCCGGGGCCCACCACCACCACCAUCGGGUGCCUAAUGAGGAAGACCCCUCCAUGGACCACCCUUUCAUCACUGUGGGAACAACACUGAAGGACCUAAUCUAUGACAUGACCACUUCAGGCUCUGGAUCAGGUAAAACUCUACAUCUCAGGGUCUGAUUUGUGCAUAUUUGUGCAGUGAUCAGCUGAAGGAGGAUUUAGACAUUUCAAAGGUAUAUACAGGUAAAACAGCAGCAUAGAUUCAUAGAAGAGUCCAGGGGCCAAACAGACACUUGACUGAAACAGAACUGUGACAGAGGUCUCAGACUGAGCAGCUAGAAGCGUACAUGUAACAGGGGCAGGACAACAUCUGCUCAGAGAUGCUUCCAGGCUUUUUGAUGACAGCAGAGGAGAUGCUGAACGUGGCCCUGUCUUUGUUUACCUGCUCCAAUUCAAAAAGUCAGAUUUGCUAACAUGCACAGUUGUUGACCAAACUAGGCUGAUGAGCAUGUUUCAUAAAUCUGACAGCAAGUGUUUGUUUUUUGAACAGGACAGAAGUGAUGUUAGUAAAUGAGGGCCGUCGGGCCAAAGUGGACGUUGUUUCUUUCCUUUAAAGCUUUUACCACGGUCAGGGUGCUGGUGAUGUGUGCAGCACGACCCGGUUACUCGUCUUUGCACAUGGUGCAGUGAAAGAGUUGGAGGUUGGAAGUGCGUGCAUGCUCGGAUCAGCUGCAGGAAAGGGAAGCAUGUCAGACAUUUGAAGUGAAUGCAAAAGGGGACUGUAAUUAUUUUAUUGUGCAUCAGGAGGUGAAAAGCAUCACACUUCGUUCACAACUGCUUUGGGAAAUGUUGAUUAGUCCUAAAAUGUUUCAAAUGUUCCUUAUUUAUUCAUAACCUCAAACUAUCAGACUGGAGCUCGAUGCUGGAACCUUCACAGCAGUCCCAGCUCCUUAUGUGUCCCCUGGGAAAGUUCCUGUUCUGGCUUCAACACAUCCACACGCUGCAUCAUUCCUGACAGGCUUUGCAUUCAUGCACACAAGCACCACUGAAUAGGUGUUUCAUUCAGUUUUUUAAAUCCCGCUUCGUCCAGCUGUCAUAGGGCCAGAAUGAUGACUUACAGGUAGGCAGUGUGUCACAGUGGGUGUGCACACCCACAGACUGGAUCCAGCCAGCUGCUAGGUGACGGCCGUGACCACGGCGCCAUCGCGCUGUUUCAAACAGGAAGAAAACAGCUUUAAAUGAUACGAGAUCUGGGCCCUGUUUCAGGAAGCCGGUUUGGAAAACU